ACCCCGUAACUUCCACUUGAAGAAUAUGUUGCCACCUGUGAGGAGAGACCGCAUCAUCGCUCAGCUUCCAGAGUGUUUUACCCCAGCUGCAGCGCUACACAUUAAAGAUGUCUUCCACUCACAGGUCAAGGCUGCCUGUCAGGGGCAAAAGACGGGCGCAGUGGGCUUUAACAUCGCCAAGGUGAUUGUGGUAGGGGAUGUGGCAGUUGGGAAGACAUGUCUAAUCAGCAGGUUCUGUAAGGACUCGUUUGAUAAGAACUAUAAGGCCACCAUCGGAGUGGAUUUUGAGAUGGAGCGGUUUGAGGUGUUGGGGGUGCCCUUCAGUUUACAGCUGUGGGACACAGCGGGUCAGGAGAGGUUCAAGUGCAUCGCCUCCACAUAUUACAGAGGAGCACAAGCCAUCAUAGUGGUAUUUGACCUGAGCUGUGUGACCUCUCUGGACAACGCCAGGCAGUGGCUGGAGGAUGCUAUGAAGGAGAACGAUCCCUCCAGUGUUCUCCUGUUCCUGGUCGGAACCAAGAAGGACCUCAGUUCUCCUGAUCAGUUGGCCUACAUGGAGCUGGAGGCCAUUAGACUGUCAGAGGAGAUCCGAGCAGAGUACUGGACUGUGUCUGCUAAGUCAGGGGAGAGUAUCAGGGAGUUUUUCUUCCGGGUAGCGUCUCUAACCUUUGAGGCCAACGUGCUGGCAGAGCUCGAGAAGAGUGGGUCCAGACGUGUUGGUGACAUUAUCAGAAUCACCGAGAGCACAGAAGAAGAGUACAAACCAACCAAGAGAAAAGCAACCUGCUGCUGAUGGGGAAGGAUACAUUUCACUACACAGGACAACACAGGACAACACUACACAGGACAACACUACCCAGGACAACACUACACAGGACAACACUACACAGGACAACAGUACACAGGACAACACUACACAGGACAACACUACACAGGACAACACUACACAGGACAACACUACCCAGGACAACACUACCCAGGACAACACUACCCAGGACAACACUACCCAGGACAACACUACACAGGACAACACUACACAGGACAACACUACCCAGGACAACACUACCCAGGACAGCACUACAGAGGACAACACUACACAGGACAACACUACACAGGACAACACAGGAUAACACUACACAGGACAACACUACACAGGACAACACUACACAGGACAACACUACACAGGACAACACUACACAGGACAACACUACACAGGACAACACUACACAGGACAACACUACACAGGACAACACUACACAGGACAACACAGGAUAACACUACACAGGACAACACUACACAGGACAACACUACACAGGACAACACUACACAGGACAACACUACCCAGGACAACACUACCCAGGACAGCACUACACAGGACAACACAACACAGGACAACACUACACAGGACAACAC